AUGUCUGCCCUGCUGAAGAAGGGCCCUGGUGGGCUGAUUGGGUUCGUGAAGGAUGCCUUGCAGCCGCACCACCACCACCACCACCUCGGGCCCCACCAGCCUGGCACGGUGGACAAGAAGAUAGUCGAGAAAUGCUGGAAGCUCAUGGACAAGGUUGUGCGUUUGUGUCAGAACCCCAAGUUGGCACUAAAAAACAGCCCACCCUACAUUCUAGACCUGCUUCCUGACACUUAUCAGCAUCUUCGAACUAUCCUGUCACGCUAUGAGGGGAAGAUGGAGACUCUAGGAGAAAAUGAAUACUUCAGGGUGUUCAUCGAAACCCUGAUGAAAAAGACAAAACAAAUGAUCAGCCUCUUUAAAGAAGGAAAAGAGAGAAUGUACGAGGAGAAUUCCCAGCCUAGGCACAGCCUUACAAAACUGUCUUUGAUCUUCAGCCACAUGCUAGCAGAGCUGAAAGGUAUUUUCCCAAGUGGACACUUCCAGGGAGACACAUUCCGGAUCACAAAGGCAGCAGAGUUCUGGAGAAAAGCGUUUGGAGAAAAGACCAUUGUCCCAUGGAAGACCUUCCGCCAGGCCUUACAUGAAGUACAUCCUAUAAGUUCAGGGCUAGAGGCGAUGGCGCUGAAAUCUACCAUUGAUCUGACGUACAAUGAUUACAUUUCAGUGUUUGAAUUUGAUAUCUUUACCCAUCUCUUUCAGCCAUGGUCAUCUUUGCUCAGGAACUGGAAUAGCCUUGCAGUGACUCACCCUGGUUACAUGGCAUUCUUGACAUAUGAUGAGGUCAAAGUGCGACUUCAGAAAUUCAUUGGCAGUUACAUUUUCCAUCUAAGCUGUUCGCGACUUGGUCAGUGGGCAAUUGGUUAUGUCACCGCAGAUGGAAAUAUUCUCCAGACAAUCCCCCACAACAAACCUCUUUUUCAAGCACUGAUUGGUGGCUUCAGGGAAGGCUUUUACUUGUAUCCCCCAUCUUAUAACUUGCUAGAACAGCGGAAAUAUAAUUGA